CAUUGUUAUAUAUGGAUAAUACUGUUGUCAUGGCUACCUCUCCACCGAUCCCUUUAACUCCAGCCGAAGAGGAUCUUGGGUGGACUAAACUGGCCUCGCUUGAUCUGGUGAAGCCCGCCGAAGGAGAGUGUCACGGGAUCUUGCCAAUAGGAGGAAACCUACAGGUAGACGACUUGACCUCUUCUAUUUCUUCGUGCACGUCAGAUCCUGUUCUGCGUUGGAUUUUGUCCUUCCCACUCGGUCUACCCCUUAUGAAAGACGACGUCUUCUUCGCUCCACCCCACACCUUCAAUAUUCAUGAUGCGGACGACGCCAUAUCUCUGUCCUCUUCCGACUCAGACUCACACAAAUCACCCUCUCCUGACUUGUCUCCUCUUACAUCUCCGUCGAGUUUUUUGUACUACGAACCCUUGUUUGGCGGCAUUGAAGACCUGCUGAGCCGCAAGCGUCAUGAAGAAGAGUCUACAUCAAAGCCACCUAGACAAGGCCGUUGCCGUCGGGUCAGCACUCAAUCAAUCGAUCUCGACUGGCUUGCACUUUUGCAUGACUUCCAUGAAGAUGAAGACGAAGACGAUAUACCUUUCCACCAUAAAAGUGUAGAGCAAAAAAUGCAUAAUCUACAACUUUCUGACUCUGACGAAGAGGGCGAAGAAGAAGAAAGCGACUACUGUCUCAAAGCUCAAUCUCCUCAACGGCGACGGAAGCGAGGCCGGGCCGGGUCAUUUACACCACGAUAUCGAAAGUACCAGAAACAGAAAAAGGAUCGGGUGAGCAGCGAAGAGCCAGUAGAGCCUUUGACGAUUGACCAGGAAAAGACACUGUUUGAACAACUGACUGCAGCCAAUAUUGAUUGGUGUCGUUACUGUGGCACAACCGAGGGUGUGAACUGGCGUCCUGGGCCAUGGGGUAAACGCACACUUUGCAAUAAACAUGGAUGCGACUACAAGGGAUAUGGUCUCGCCAGUCGUCUACCUCGCCUUGAUCUCUCUGCAUUUUCAAAUGAAACUCUACAAGAUAGGACUCGUCCUAUUGUCCAGCAGUUCUGCACAGCUUGUCAGAACCCUACUCAAUCCCACAAUCUACUUGUCCCAUGUGAAGGUGGUUGUUCAAGAGCUUAUCACCUCACAUGUCACCCUCUUAUCUCAACUUCAGCUUGGUACUGCAGCGAUGUCUGUAAAGACAACCGACGACGUAACAAAGUUGUUGUUGAUCUGCCACGAAAACAUUUACCACUCAUGCGAUUACAGAAACAACCUCUCGAGAAAAACCUCUUUGACCAAGAUGAGCCCGAUUCACCUUUAUAAUACAUCAUAAACCCAAAAAGAGAGAGAGAGAGAGAGGAAAAAAUGUUUCCCUCUGAUUCACUCAAUCAUUCACUAACUUUCAUACCACUCAUACGUACAAAUGCAUCAUUUAAAUAUCUUUAUACACCCUACAUACAAUUCUCAUUUUCUCAUCUGUUUCAUCCAAUCAAUCAAUCAAUCAAUCAAUACAUGCAUAUAUAUAUAUAUUUAUUUAUAUAUUUACACAUACACACACAUU